AUGGUUGGUGCUUCAGUUGAGAAGGAGGAUGAUCGAGUUUCUCAGUCCGUGUCUGAGUUGGAAACCCAAAUAAGAGUCGUGAACAAAGAAACUUCUGAAGUUGUUGGCGCUACAGUUGAAGAAGAUAAUGCACGUACAGAUUCUAUCAAUGCAGGCCAUGCAGGUCAGUCCGUGGUUGAUUUGAUAAAUCUUAAAAACACUCCUACUGACGUUAUUGAUGCUAAUCAGUUGGAAAAGGAGCUAGCUAAAUCUGCUGCUGAAUUGCGUGAGGCUCAGAUGAAGUUUAUUCAUUGUAAAAAUACUAUUGCAGCUCAGAAAGAUAUAGCUUUACGUAAAAAUAAGGAAGACAUGGCUGCUCAGAGCUUUUCUAAAGAUGAAUGGACUGAAAUUGUUCAUAAACCUACAAUCCAAGUUUGGCAAGCAAAAUCAGCUAAAACUAAUGAGGGUGAGGAGAAGUCUUUGAAUCUGGAGAAUAAGGAGGAUAAUAUGGUUGGUGCUUCAGUUGAGAAGGAGGAUGAUCGAGUUUCUCAGUCCGUGUCUGAGUUGGAAACCCAAAUAAGAGUCGUGAACAAAGAAACUUCUGAAGUUGUUGGCGCUACAGUUGAAGAAGAUAAUGCACGUACAGAUUCUAUCAAUGCAGGCCAUGCAGGUCAGUCCGUGGUUGAUUUGAUAAAUCUUAAAAACACUCCUACUGACGUUAUUGAUGCUAAUCAGUUGGAAAAGGAGCUAGCUAAAUCUGCUGCUGAAUUGCGUGAGGCUCAGAUGAAGUUUAUUCAUUGUAAAAAUACUAUUGCAGCUCAGAAAGAUAUAGCUUUACGUAAAAAUAAGGAAGACAUGGCUGCUCAGAGCUUUUCUAAAGAUGAAUGGACUGAAAUUGUUCAUAAACCUACAAUCCAAGUUUGGCAAGCAAAAUCAGCUAAAACUAAUGAGGGUGAGGAGAAGUCUUUGAAUCUGGAGAAUAAGGAGGAUAAUAUGGUUGGUGCUUCAGUUGAGAAGGAGGAUGAUCGAGUUUCUCAGUCCGGGAUAAACCAAAUCUCUACAGCUCAGUCCGUGUCUGAGUUGGAAACCCAAAUAAGAGUCGUGAACAAAGAAACUUCUGAAGUUGUUGGCGCUACAGUUGAAGAAGAUAAUGCACGUACAGAUUCUAUCAAUGCAGGCCAUGCAGGUCAGUCCGUGGUUGAUUUGAUAAAUCUUAAAAACACUCCUACUGACGUUAUUGAUGCUAAUCAGUUGGAAAAGGAGCUAGCUAAAUCUGCUGCUGAAUUGCGUGAGGCUCAGAUGAAGUUUAUUCAUUGUAAAAAUACUAUUGCAGCUCAGAAAGAUAUAGCUUUACGUAAAAAUAAGGAAGACAUGGCUGCUCAGAGCUUUUCUAAAGAUGAAUGGACUGAAAUUGUUCAUAAACCUACAAUCCAAGUUUGGCAAGCAAAAUCAGCUAAAACUAAUGAGGGUGAGGAGAAGUCUUUGAAUCUGGAGAAUAAGGAGGAUAAUAUGGUUGGUGCUUCAGUUGAGAAGGAGGAUGAUCGAGUUUCUCAGUCCGGGAUAAACCAAAUCUCUACAGCUCAGUCCGUGUCUGAGUUGGAAACCCAAAUAAGAGUCGUGAACAAAGAAACUUCUGAAGUUGUUGGCGCUACAGUUGAAGAAGAUAAUGCACGUACAGAUUCUAUCAAUGCAGGCCAUGCAGGUCAGUCCGUGGUUGAUUUGAUAAAUCUUAAAAACACUCCUACUGACGUUAUUGAUGCUAAUCAGUUGGAAAAGGAGCUAGCUAAAUCUGCUGCUGAAUUGCGUGAGGCUCAGAUGAAGUUUAUUCAUUGUAAAAAUACUAUUGCAGCUCAGAAAGAUAUAGCUUUACGUAAAAAUAAGGAAGACAUGGCUGCUCAGAGCUUUUCUAAAGAUGAAUGGACUGAAUCUGAUUCUUAUAGUGUUAUUGAAGCUUUUAAGAGCACCAAUAUUGCUUUGUUUGCUAAGCAAAGAAGGGUGAAAUUUCUUCAACCAACUGAAUGUUUUUGGGAACCUCCGGAGGAGAAUGAGAUUCAACUUUGUUGUGAUGGGGCGGCGAGAGGGAAUCCUGGUGUUGCGGGAGCUGGUGUGGUGGCAAGAAAUGCCCGUUGUUUAGUUCUUGGUGCUAUGUCUAUCGGCCUGGGAGUUACAACUAAUUAUUUGGCAGAAUUUUAUGGUAUUUUGGUGGGUAUGGAAUGGGCUGUAAGAUGGGGAGUUAGGUGA